GCAGGAAGCGAAUGGCUGGCUGCACGACUCCAGAGAAACGCAACCAAGUGCUUUUCACAUUUCGUUAUUUUAGUGUAGCCAACAUGUAGUUAAGUUGCCACCGAGGCUAGACGUCAGUAGGCAGGCAUGUAUAUUACAUUUGUGUAAACGCGUCGGAUGUCAGCUGUCGCACAGAUUUCUGUAACUUAGAAGUGGAGUAGCCAGCAGUCGCACCGUAGUUGGCAAACAGAGGCGAGGGGCCAAAAUGAAGGAGAUAAUGGGAUGUGGCAUGCGAUCGUCGGUGGGGUUCCUGUCCCGGAGAAAAAUAACCGGGGAUACUCUAAUGAAGGAGGAAUUCCAACGACGUAGGCUGGCCGGUUGCACCAGCCUGUUCAAAAAAGAUCUGCUGGGCCAUUUCGGAUGCGUGAACGCCAUAGAGUUCUCCAACAAUGGAGGAGAGUGGCUUGUGUCCGGUGGAGAUGACAGGCGGGUGCUGCUGUGGCAUAUGGAGAAGGCCAUCCACUCGCGGGCAAAGCCCCUCAAGCUGAAGGGGGAGCACCUGUCCAACAUCUUCUGCCUGGCCUUCGACAGCACCAACAAGAAGGUCUUCUCUGGAGGGAAUGACGAACAGGUGAUCCUCCAUGAUGUGGAGAGAGGCGAGACCCUGAACGUGUUCCUCCACGAUGAUGCGGUGUACGGGCUGUCCGUCAGUCCGGUGAACGACAACGUAUUCGCCAGCUCGGCGGAUGAUGGCAGAGUCCUCAUCUGGGACACCCGGGAGCCACCACACGGAGAACCCUUCUGUUUGGCCAGUUACACCUCAGCGUUCCACAGCGUCAUGUUCAACCCAGCAGAACCUCGCCUGCUGGCCACCGCCAACUCCAAAGAGGGAGUGGGCUUAUGGGACAUCCGCAAGCCACGCAGUUCUCUGUUGCGGUACGGCGGUAGCCUGUCUCUUCAGAGUGCCAUGAGUGUGCGUUUCAACAGUACAGGUACCCAGCUGCUGGCCCUGCGGCGCCGGCUGCCCCCCGUGCUGUACGAGCUGCACUCCCGCCUGCCCAGCUUCCAGUUUGACAACCAGGGCUACUUCAACUCCUGCACCAUGAAGAGCUGCUGCUUUGCCGGCGACCGCGACCAGUACAUCUUGUCUGGGUCUGAUGACUUCAACCUCUACAUGUGGAGAAUCCCCAAAGACCCUGAAGCAGGAGGUGCGGGGCGUGUGGUGAACGGGGCCUUCAUGGUGCUGAAGGGCCACCGCUCCAUCGUCAACCAGGUGCGCUUCAACCCCCACACCUACAUGAUCUGCUCCUCAGGGGUCGAGAAGGUCAUCAAGGCCUGGAGCCCGUACCAGCAGCCGGACAGCAGCGGUGACCUUGACGGCCGUGCGGAGGACAAGUCUCGCAGCCUGUACACGCACGAGGAGUACAUCAGCCUGGUGCUCAACAGCGGCAGCGGCCUGUCGCACGACUACGUUAGCCAGUCGGUGCAGGAGGACCCGCGCAUGAUGGCCUUCUUCGACUCGCUGGUGCGCCGCGAGAUCGAGGGCUGGAGCUCCGACUCGGACUCGGACCUGAGCGAGGGCGCCAUCCUGCAGCUGCACGCGCGCGGCCACCGCAUCACCAGGUCCUCGUCAUCGUCGGCCGCCGCCGCUGCCACCGCGGCCGCCGCCGUCGUGUUAGGACCGCUAUCGGACGCCGCGAACGUGGCAUCGUCAACCAGUUCCAUCGUGGGUGGUGGUGGUGGUGGUGGUGGCAUGGGGGUGCUGCGGUCCUCUGAAACCAUGUCGGGCAUAGUCAGGGUCAUCGCCAAUCAGGACGAUGACAAUAGCCGUCGCGGUCGCAGUCACCGCAACAGCCACUCUGACGAUGACAACUCAUCCUCCUCCUCGUCUCUGGCGGGCCCCGAGCUGUCGGAGGACGACGUGGUGGUGGGAGGAGGAGGAGGUGAAGACCAAGGCUUGGUGGUGGAGGAGGAGGACGAGGACGUAUUGGUGGAGAGGCUCUCGCGCGGGCACCACCGCCGUUGGCGCGGAGGGGUGGGCGGCGGGAGGCGGCGCCGCCAGCAGUCGGCCAUUUUCCUGGACCUUGCCAACAACAACAACAACCAUGACGACGAGGACGUGGAGGGGGACUCGGACUCCAGCGGCUUCUGGUUCAACCCGGUGCCGCGCCCGCGUUCGCCCAGCCCCCCGCCCCUGGACCUGUCCAGCCUCUCCAGCCUCUCGCACUCGGCCUCCGAGGCGGAGGAGGAGUCCAUCAUCUCCUCCACCUCCUCCAGCCCCUCCUCCUCGUCCUCCUCCAGUGAAGCGGAGGAGGAGGAAGAGGAGAGGCAGCAGAGGAGGCGGGCGGCCACCCGGCAGCGCAACGCAGCGCGCAGGAGACGGCACGGCCACAGUAGCCGCUUUACCGGGAGCAACCAGGACGAUGAGGAGGAGGAGGAACCAGGCAGCACCUCCACUACCACGCAGCAGCAGAAGGAGGGCCUCCAUGUCUGCUCCUCCUCCAUGCUGGAUCCCUGCAGCUACCCCAAGAUCACCAUAGACGAACCCAGCUCCUCCUCGUCCUCCUUUGGGGAGACUGGUGGAGGUGGUGGGGGAGGUGGUGGAGGUGAGGAUGGCGGGAUGAGAGGGCAGAGGUCGGGGAGCGGCAAGAGGCAGCGGCGCCACCGUCGCAGUCGCGACGAAGACGGCUCCCCACCACCAUCCGAGCGGCCCCAGACGCGGCUGGGACACGGGCCGGACCCGGGGGUCUUAUCCAGGAGCCCGUCGCCGCCCACGGUUACGGAGCUGCGGUGCGUGUCGCGAGCGGGGGACAGGAGCAGGAGGGGGAGAGAAAUAGAGGAGGAGUGGAAUCGAGAGGAGGAGGUGGAGGAGGAGGAACGUGUCAGGAGAAGAGAGGGUUUUGGUGGUGGAGAGGAGGAUGAUGAUGACGACUAUCGUGAUGGGCUAAGAACCUCCACAUCUGCACCGCCAUCACGACGACGUGUGAACUUUUUGGACACUGUAGAAGAGCCUAGUAAUAGUAGAAAUUCAUUGGAGGAGCCUCGUGUGAGGUACCUCACGACGGACUUACGGAACCGGGAAGGAACCGGAACCAGAACCGGAAAGUCAAGGGUGGUGGCGAGCAAACGGACUCAUGGGGGCGUGGAGUGUGACUCCGAGGGGUCGUCAUCAGACUCUGCCGAGGAGGGGUCAGGCCACGAUGGUGCUCCAUCAGGGAAGAGGCAGAAGAAGACUUAAAGAGCUGCUAGCAUCGCGUCUUUUCAGACUGGGGUGUUUCUUUUUUUAAUUCUCAAUGGAUUUUUUUUGUUGAUGAGGGGGAGUAAAGAGAGGCAGGCAAGGUUUAUAAAAAAAUGUGUGUGUGUUUUGUGUGUUCACAUAAGAGAGGGGAAGAAAAAUACAAUUAUAUGUCUGGUUUUUAUUCAUUCAUUUCUCCAUGGGAGGGAGGAUAUCCGUUGACUGACCCUUUUUUGUGUGUGUGUUGGUUUUUGGACACUAAAAAGCAGACAUUAACCUGAGAGCAAUUAACCAGAGCUGCCAACCGUCAAGCUUAGCGCUUGCCAAUGCUUUUUGUUUGUUUUCCCUCUCUUGUUUACCUCCUGCUUCUCUCUCCCUCUCUCUCUCUCUCUCUCUCUCUCUCUCUCUCUCUCUCUCGCUCUCUCGCUCUCUCUCUCGCUCGCUCGCUCGCUCAAGAGGUCACCUUCUAGGCAGUGUACAUUGACAGUCCUCGGAUAUGUGGUAAAACCACACUGAAGACUUCUGCACAACUGAAAGGUUCAUAAGUAAAAGGAACAGCACUUAUUAUUUGGUGCAUUCUGCGAAUAUUUUAGUUUUAUGCAAAAUCUGUGUGAGGUACAUAUUGUUGUUGCUAUUAUUAUUAUUAUUAAGCUUUUAUUUUUGUUUUGUUUUUUUAUGAAAAGAAGAUGGCUAUCAGCUCAUGACAGAGGAAAGUGUUAAAAAAAACAAUUUUGAAUUUGCCUCGUCAACCUUUUAAGUUUAAUAGACUUUUGAAUUCUCUGAACCAAACAAAUGUUGAAUUCUCUGUUAUCAAAAGGAGAAUAUUGUGUGCAUGGGGUUUAAGUUAUGGGUGUGAGUUUCCAUGGGUAGAGAGUGUAUGUGUAGCCUAUUUGUACUGUGUGUGUGUGUGUGUGUGUGUGUGUGUGUGUGUGUUUGUGUGUGUGUGUGUGUGUGCGCGUGCGCGCGUGCGCGCGUGUGUACAUUCAAAGAAAAUGCAAACAACAUGGCCCAUUGCAACUGAUUUUGAGAUUGGUUGGAAUUUUGUGUUUCCAUAGCAAUCUUAUUUAACACCAUCUGUUUGAAUUUCGGAAUUAAAUUCUUAUUCUGUCA